GCGGCCGGUAGGCGUCGCUCAGCGGAUUGCGGUCCGCGGUGGAGGGGCGGAGCUGCAGCCGCCCCGUGGAGGCGCCGCUUGAGCUCGGCUGGGGCGGAGUCAGCGUCAGCCUCACGCUCCUUCCCUGACCCGCGCUGGGCGCCGAGGGGGCGCGGCCUCGUGCGGUUAUCGCCGCCCCUCGGUCGGAGCCGGUCCGGGUGCGGCGGUCGCUGCGUGCGCUCGGUCCGCGAGGAGCGCCGCGAUGAAGGCAGGCGUGGUUCACUGCCGCUGUUCCAGAUGUUUCUCUUUCCCUGCCAAGCGAAGGAUAAGGAAACGGCCCCAAGUCCUGACGCUGUUGAGUCUACCUGAGGAUGUUCUGCUCCAUGUUCUGAAAGGCCUUCCUGCUGAGGACAUCCUCUCGCUCAGAGCGGUGCACUCCCAUCUUAAAUACCUCGUAGAUGAUCACGCCAGUGUUUGGGCAUGUGCAAGUUUUGAAGAUGUAUGGCCUUCUCCAAAAACUCUGAAGGUGUUUGAAAGGGCUGCUGAAAGAGGCAACUUUGAAGCUGCUGUGAAGCUGGGGAUAGCGUACCUGUACAAUGAAGGCUUGUCCAUCUCUGAUGAAGGCCGUGCAGAAGUGAAUGGAUUAAAGGCAUCUCAUUUCUUCAGUCUGGCAGAGCGGCUGAAUGUGUGUGCAGCCCCAUUCAUCUGGCUUUUUAUUCGUCCUCCCUGGUCCUUGACUGGAAGCUGUUGUAAAGCUGUGGUCUACGAGAGUCUUAAAGCAGAGUGUCAGUUGGACAAAGCUCAGAAAGGAUCUAUUCUGUACUGCUUGGCUAAGGUCUUGAGUCUCUUUGAGGAUGAAGAAAAAAGAAAAGAGUCUCUUGAAAUGUUUGAGGAGUCUUCAAAGCAGGGUUGUUUAAAUAGCUCCUACCUCCUUUGGGAAAAUAACAGGAAGGUCGCUAUGUUAGACCCUGGCAGAUACCUCCAAAGUCUCAGGAAGCUACGGGACUAUGCAGCAAAAGGAUGCUGGGAUGCACAGAUCGCUUUAGCCAAAGCUUGUGGAAAUGGAAACCAACUAGGAUUAGAAGCAAAAUCUUCCAGUGAAAUGGUGGCUCAGAUGUUUCAAGCCUCCCGUCCUAUCAGCAAGCAAAAUAUCUUCACUGUGCAGAAAAAAAUAAAUGAAACAAUGAGGUACAUCCUGGUUGACUGGCUGGUGGAAGUGGCUACCAUGAAAGACUUUUCUUGCCUAUGCCUUCACAUGACAGUGGGGUGUGUGGACCGUUACUUGAAGCUGAGACCUGUGCCCCGGUAUCAACUCCAGCUCCUGGGGAUAGCCUGCAUGGUCAUUUGCACACGUUUUAUCAGCAAAGAGAUCUUGACAAUACGGGAGGCUGUAUGGCUAACAGACAACACAUACAAAUAUGAAGAUCUGGUCAGAAUGAUGGGUGAGAUCAUCUCUGCCCUAGAAGGAAAGAUAAGGAUACCUACUAUUGUGGACUACAAAGAAGUACUGUCAAACAUAGACUCCCUGGAGAGAAGAACUCUUCACCUUUACAGCUUCAUUUGUGAACUGUCUCUCCUAAACACGAGCCUUUNNNAUUUUUCUCCCAUUAAAAACUGUCUGACUACAGAACUUGCAAGCUCUGUGAAAUGGUAAUACCUGUUCUCUUCUCCAGCACAUCCCUGGACCAGCCAGCUGUCUGAGUGCACUGGGUUCUCUCUUGAAGACCUGUUGCCGUGUGUGCUGCACCUUCACCAAAAAUGUUUCCAUGAUGAGGUCCCUAAGGAUUAUAGGCAGGUGUCUUUAACUGCAGUGAGACAGAGAUUUGAAGAUGAGCGUUAUGAUGAAGUAGGCAAAGAAAAGGUGAUGAGCUACAGCCAGCUCUGUUCACUGUUGGGUGUGAAGCAGGAGGACCCGAAACCCAGUCCCCUGCACACAAAUGUCAUAGAAAUUAAAGCUUUCUUUAGCUCUCCCUCUGGAAAGAGAUCUAAAAGGAGGAGGGAAGACAGCACUCAGGAUGACAGGGGCAGCUUAGUGACUACACCUACAGCUGAGCUAUCCACCCAGGAAGAAAGUCUUCUGGACAGCUUUCUGGACUGGAGUUUAGAUUCCUGCUCUGGUUAUGAAGGUGAUCAGGAAAGUGAAGGCGAGAAAGAUGGAGAUGUCACAAGUCCCAGUGGAAUCUUGGAUGUGACAGUGGUUUACAUGGAUCCAGUGGAGCACUGCUGUCAGGACUCCAGUGAUGAGGACAGCCUAUCUGUGGAGUGUCCUGGGCACACAGCACCACUGAGGAAGGCCAGGACACCAGAUGAAACUCGCAGAGUUUCAGCCUGUGUUGCCUCAAGAAAUCCCAACUGGGAAGGGAGCUCAGGCUACUCUUCUGUCAGUGGUGCCAGUCCUACAUCUUCUGUGGAAGGCAGCUGUGGAAUACCUCUCAAACCUACCUCAGCACUGUCUGGUGGCAGUGCCAUGAACAAGGAGCCAUGCCUUCCUCCCUACCUGGAGUCACGUUUACGAUCAGUGCGUGCUAGAGCUGGUGACAGGAAUUCUGCCCGAAGGCAAGUCAAGCGCAAGAACCUGGCAGAACACAGUGAAGAAAGGGUGAACUUGGGCUUCUUAAGCCUCUGAUUUCAUGCUUCUCUAGGUUUUCUGGAAACAACAUCUCUGUCACAGUUGUACAGGAAUGAUAGUGAAUAAUUGUCAAUACCUCCAGAAAGAGCCCUUUCCCUUAACUUUGCCUAUUCCUACCACAUUCUAUAAGCCUGUCUCUUAAUUCUGUAUCUCACUUCUGGCCUUUUUCCAUCCUUGAUAACUGCUUUUUUAUUUUUUAAAGUAUUCCCUAUUUUCUGAUUCUCUCCAAGUUUCGUACACUGAGAGGGAUUGUAACUUUACAGCUUGUGUCACACCUCACCAAUUAUUCCUUGAAAAUGACCUUGUCUUCUUCCUUGCUUCACUGUGAGGCUUGGUGCCAUGAAAGAAAGGAAUUUACUUUGGUCACGAAGUUACUGGAUGUAACACUAUGCUUGAAGUUGAUAGACCUUUUUGCGGUUAUGCUGCAUUUUAAUCUUAGCCAGGUACUAUUACAAGUCAGCUGGUGCUUCCCUCUUCUAUGUGUAUAUCUUGCUGCACUGAUUUAAGGUUUUUAUAGAUAUAGUCAAGAGGUAAAUGAAGGCUCAUUGAAGGUCUGAGCUUUUUUUAACCUACCUCUCGUGGUUUUAAAAACCCUAUUUGACUCAGGCCUAGUUGCCAUGUGUUCCUUCCCCUGAAAUGUUAUGCUCCUGUGCCUUAAUGCUUCACUGCCCAAUGCUACAGUACUGUGAACUGUUAGCCCAUGCUGCAUCAGUGUGGUUUAACUGCCACCUCCAGCCCGUGGCCUACCUUCACUGCCUGUCUUCCUUCCUAUUUCCAUGAAUGUGGCCUUCAGUAAAGCACACCUCACUUGAACACUAGAAGCAGGCAGCAAUGCAGUACGGGCAAACGGUCUUAAAGCCCUAAUUGAAGCCUUGCAACUGCAUCCUAGUCCACAAGGGGAGCAUAUGCCAUAUGCUUUUCUUAUUAAAAUUGCAAUCUUCUGUACUGUAUCUGUAGGGCUUUGAAGGAACUUCCUCUACUGACCUCAGACUAGCCAGCCUGGGUUAAAACUCCUUCAGCCUGUCUACAUUAGGAAUCUGUCUACAUUAGGAAAAUAGCUUUCUUUUUAUGUGUUGGUAUUUUAAUGUUCAUUACUUGUUUUUUAAGAUUUUCAUGAGUUGUCAACGACCUUAACACUGGAACUGGACUCCACAACUUUUCCUUUGUCUAGAAGUUACUGUGGCAGGUGGCAACAGUUCAGAUAGGAUGUAGUGAUUUUUUUUAUAUAUAAAAUUUGUUUUUACAUCUA